AAAGUAACACCAGUACUGUUAAAAUUACUUUGAAAGCCGGUCGCUAAUAUAUGUGAGAGUUGUUUCUGUUGUUUAUUGCGUUUGUAAAGCGGACACAAGUACAGGUGCAGAUAUGAGUAACAUUUACAUCCAGGAGCCGCCAACAAAUGGAAAGGUCCUCAUGAAGACAUCAGCGGGCGACAUUGACGUGGAGCUGUGGUCCAAAGAGGCACCAAAGGCCUGCAGGAAUUUCGUACAACUUUGUAUGGAAGGGUAUUAUGAUGGGACGAUAUUCCACCGGGUGGUUCCGGACUUCGUUGUUCAGGGGGGAGAUCCCACUGGCACAGGGACUGGAGGGGAGUCUGUGUAUGGGCAUCCUUUCAAGGAUGAAUUCCACUCCAGAUUGCGCUUCAACAGGAGGGGACUGGUUGCUAUGGCAAACGCUGGCCCUCAUGACAACGGGAGCCAGUUCUUCUUCACUUUGGGCCGUGCGGAUGAGCUCAAUAACAAGCACACUAUAUUUGGAAAGGUGACUGGUGAUACAGUGUACAACAUGCUGAGGUUAGCAGAAGUUGAGUGCAAUAAAGAUGAAAGACCACUGAAUCCACACAAGAUACGAACCGCUGAGGUUCUGCACAAUCCAUUUGAUGAUAUUGUUCCAAGGGAAAUUAAGAAAGUAAUAAAAGAGAAAGACAAGGAAGAUGGAAAGAAAUCCCAGUCCAAAGCAACAAAGAACUUCAGCUUGCUGUCUUUUGGGGAGGAGGCUGAGGAAGAUGAAGAAAUGGUGAAUAAAGUCAGUCAGACUAUGAAGGGAAAAAGCAAAAGCAGCCAUGACCUGCUGAAGGACGACCCAAGGCUGAGCUCAGUGCCUGUUGAUGGGGUAAAGCCUAGCACAACAAGUUGGGGGUCGUCAGAGGGAGUGAAUGAUGAAUCAAAAGUUGAAGACGAGGACUAUGACAGCGAUCAGAGGGAGGAAAUGAGGCAGCGCAUCUCAAAGAAGUUAAAAAAGGAGACGGAGGCCACAAAAGCCCAGCCUGCUGGGGAAGAGCAAGAGGAGCGCGGAAAAAAGAGUAGCCGCAGCGAAGAACUACGCAGAGAGGCUCGCCAGCUGAAGAAGGAGCUACUGGCCAUCAAACAGAGGAAGGAGGACAACGCCAAGCCUGAUAAGGAUGACAAUGAAGGUGACACAAAGGCAUCGAGCGAAGCGGUUGCUGAGUACCUGGAAGAAAGAAAGAAGUAUGAGGAAAUUCGGAAGCAGAAGCUAAAGAAGGGGUCCUCCAGGGAAGCCCAGACACUGGCCCUCUUAGAUCGAUUUAAGUCCAAGCUGUCGACAGCCAUCACCGAAGCCCCUGACAAGCCUGAGGAAGAUGUGGAGGAAUUGGGCGAGGACGACGACAGUGGGUGGAUGGCACAUGUGCUGCAUUUCAAUGAGCAGACCAGGAAGGUGAAGGACGCCAAUAUGCAGGAUGAAGACACUUUUGAGAUCUAUGACCCACGCAACCCGGUCAACAAGCGCAGGAGGGAGGAGAGCAAGAAGAUCAUGAAGGAGAAAAAGGCGCGAAGGUGAGGUGAACCCAGAUGUGCUUGCUUCCAGUGCAGCAUGCUUCACGAGACGGUCAGGACUAUACUGCAGAACUCUCCAGAAUUUGAGACUGUUUGCAAAAUAAGGCCAGUACCAUGUACAAUACUCGGCCAACAAAAGUGAACCUUUGUGUUGAGGGACAUUGCCGCCCUUGGUGUUAGGAACCACAUUCAGUGCUUAAUUGUGUGGAGGAGAAGACCCUUUACAGUAUACCUUCAGCAAGGUCAUCAGGUCAUUCCCCCAUGAACAUGUUAUACCCUGGCUAUGCAAAUACUUAGCGGUUUGCAGUUUUUUUGACAUACCUUGGUAAUCUGAAUGAGAAAUACAUGUACAUUUUAAUGUCUUAAUUUCACUGCCUGAGUCUCAUUUAUGGUCCUGGCUUCUGAAAUUUAACAGAUUGUACUUAAAAGGCAGCAAAGCAGCUACAAAAAAAAUCCCAGUGUAAAUCCACUUCAUCUGAGAGCCAGUUUUGACUCACAUGUGACUUACGCCGUUUAUAGUUUGGAUUUGUGUCCCUUAUCUUCUAUCUAUAAAUUUUGCUGCUUUGUUUUUUCAAUGACUCAGUUGUUGCUGUAAGUUUGAUGCUUCCAUUGUUCAGCUAUGUUUAUCAGGGAAGGGCAUCUCUCAAUAAAUUUAUGAUUGUUAUAAAA